GAGCAAUUCAGUCUUGGGAGGCAAAGACAACAACUGCAUCAUGGCAAUGUCUGGCCUCUUACAGGAGCUCCGCUGCCCCAUCUGUCUGGAGUUCUUCAACAACCCCACGACCCUGCCCUGUGAACACACCUUCUGCCAUUCCUGCAUACAGGGGACCCUUGUUGCACAGGGGCCCCGCUGUCCUGAGUGUCGCGCCACAUUCCUCCAAGACCAGCUCAGGCCCAACCGGAUCCUACGCAACAUGGUCGACCGAGUGCACACCGAGCUGGGGGUGGGCACCUGCCCCAUGCACCAGGAGUGUCUGAGAAUGUUUUGCGUGACGGACCAGCGGCUCACCUGUGUGGUGUGUCGGGAUGCCAAGGAACACUAUGGCCACGUCUUCCAGCCCAUCUCUGAGGCAGCCGCCACCAGUAAGGAGGAGCUAAACAUGGCUCUAGGGUUCCUGUUGAAGGACAAUAGUGCCUUGAAGAAACUCAUUUCCCUGCAGAGACUGGAAAUCCAGAAAACUAAAGACAACUGUCAUCACCUGCUGGAUAAUAUCGGUGUUCAGUUCAAGGUGCUCCACCAAUUCCUCAGACAGAGGGAGCAGCAACUGAAGAAGGAGGUGAAGGACCAGGAGAGAGAGUUGCUGACCCCACUGGAGCAACAUCUGCUGCAAAUGGAGCAAACCCUGAAGGAGAGGCUGAAAAUGGAAGAGAUCCUGCAGGCAAAAGUGGACCUCAAUGAGCCCAACCACUUCCAACAGUGGUGGAUUGAUGAAGGUUCUUUGGUGAUUGAAGGUCUGAAGAACAAAGAACAGAAUACCAUGACAGAUCUUUACAAGUCAGAGGUAUGUGAGCUGCAAAUGAGCCCAGACGUGGGUGACUCCAUCUCUCUAGGUCCCUACCUGAGUCACCUGCAAUUUUUUGUGUGGAAGGAGAUGCUGAAGGUCAUCAAGCCAGUUCCUGACCGUGUGGCUGUGGCAAAGCGCAGCAACUCUUGCCUGGUGGUGUCCUCAGACAGUCGCAGCGUCAGACAUGUCGACUCAAGGACAAGAUGGGGCUCUGCAACUGGGGGACCUGAAUUCUCCAUGUGCCACACGUGGAGUGACGAGGGUUUUCGGGCUGGAAAGCACUACUGGGAGGUGGACGUGGGCAAGAAGAGCCACUGGAGCCUGGGCCUGGAUGCUCAGUCAGCAAGUAGCAGAGACGCCGUGUGCAGGUUGAACAGUAGCUUCGGCAAACACAGGGUCAGAAGUGCCAGGGAGAUCCUGGUUGAUCUGCAGGUCAGGCCCACCAAGAUCGGCACUUUCCUGGACUGUGAGAGAAAGCGCGUCUCCUUCUACAACGCAGAUGAUAUGUCUCUCAUUCACUCAUGUUCAUAUGACACUGACAAGUCCCUCUUUGUGUACUUCAACCCAGGGUUCUACUUCAAAGGCGAGAACGCUGAUCCACUGGUGGUCAUUUGGUAUUGAACAGUUUGUGCUGAUCCUGUUUAAUCACCAUAUAUUGAAAAAAAUGUUACUGAGAUAUAAACUUGGAAAAAGAUAGUUGUUCUUUUUUUGCAAAAUGAGAUAAA